CGAUUCUCGAGGCAAGUCCUCCUCAUCAUCUCCCACCAUAACUGAUUCCCACUCUUUUCCUGCCACCACCACACCGCUCCUCUCCCCGAUGGCCACCACCGGCGCUCGCCUCCGCCGCCUCGCCGGCAUCGCCACCGUCGCGGCCACCGCUGCCGCCUGCACGUCCCUCACUCCAUCCAUCGCGUCCUCCGAUCGCGGCGGCGGACCCGGCCUCGACGCCGUGAGGCGGAGGAUCGUCGAUCCCAACGCCGCAGUCCCGCCGCGAGCCGUCCAGGAAUCGGCCCUCAUCGGCGCCAGCUCCGCCAACCCGCUCGACAUUCUUGUGAUCGGCGGCGGGGCCACCGGCUGUGGCGUCGCUCUGGACGCCACCACUCGUGGCCUGCGCGUUGGACUCGUCGAGAGAGAGGAUUUCUCGUCCGGCACUUCUUCUCGGUCGACGAAGCUGAUCCAUGGAGGGGUUCGAUAUCUUGAAAAGGCUGUGUUCAAUCUUGACUAUGGGCAACUGAAGCUAGUUUUCCAUGCACUCGAGGAGCGAAAACAGGUCAUUGAGAAUGCCCCACACCUGUGCCAUGCUUUACCCUGCAUGACACCGUGCUUUAACUGGUUUGAGGUUGUGUACUUCUGGAUGGGGUUGAAGCUAUACGAUUUGGUAGCAGGAGCGCGCCUUUUGCACUUAUCUAGAUAUUAUUCUGCACAAGAAUCUGCGGAACUUUUCCCGACUCUUGCAAGGAAAGGCAAGGAUCGUGUACUAAAGGGCACAGUGGUGUACUAUGAUGGGCAAAUGAAUGACUCAAGGCUCAAUGUUGGAUUAGCAUGUACGGCUGCCUUAGCUGGCGCAGCAGUUCUCAACCAUGCAGAAGUGGUUUCCUUUCUUAAGGAUGAAGUCAGUGAACGAAUAAUUGGUGCCAGGAUUCGAGACAAUCUAUCAGGUCAAGAGUUUGACACAUAUGCAAAAGUUGUUGUCAAUGCUGCCGGCGCUUUUUGCGACUCUGUAAGGAAGAUGGCUAAAGCAGAUGCACAGCCAAUGAUCUGUCCUAGCAGUGGUGUACACAUUGUCCUCCCUGACUACUACUCUCCAGAAGGCAUGGGCUUGAUUGUUCCUAAAACUAAAGAUGGAAGAGUUGUUUUCAUGCUUCCGUGGUUGGGGAGAACUGUCGCGGGCACUACAGACUCUAACACUACAAUCACAAUGCUACCUGAACCUCAUGAAGACGAGAUUCAAUUUAUACUUGAUGCCAUCUGUGAUUACCUUAAUGUCAAGGUAAGACGCAUGGAUGUUCUCUCUGCAUGGAGUGGUAUCCGCCCAUUGGCAAUGGAUCCCUCGGCCAAAAAUACUGAGAGCAUAUCUAGAGAUCAUGUUGUGUGUGAAGAUUACCCAGGUUUAGUCACCAUCACAGGUGGAAAGUGGACUACAUAUCGGAGCAUGGCGGAAGAUGCAGUUAAUGCAGCUAUCCGGUCUGGAAAGCUAAAGCCGGCUAAUGAAUGUCUUACUAACAACCUCCGACUGGUUGGGGGAGAGGGAUGGGAUCCUGCAUCUUUUACAGUGCUUGCUCAGCAAUAUGUACGCAUGAAAAGGACAUAUGGUGGUAAAGUUGUUCCUGGGGUGAUGGACACUACUGCAGCCAAGCAUUUGUCUCGUGCAUAUGGAACUUUUGCUGAAAGAGUGGCAGCUAUAGCUCAGGAUGAAGGUUUGGGUAAGAGGUUGGCACAUGGAUAUCCUUUUCUAGAGGCUGAAGUUGCCUACUGUGCUCGAUACGAGUACUGUGAAUCUGCCAUUGAUUUCAUCGCCAGGAGAUCGAGACUCGCAUUUCUUGACACCGAUGCAGCCGGCCGGGCGCUGCCUCGAGUUAUCGAGAUACUUGCGACGGAGCACCAAUGGGACAAGUCGAGGAAGAAGCGAGAGCUACAGAAGGCAAAAGAAUUUUUGGAAACUUUCAAGUCAUCGAGAAACGCGCAAUUUCAUGACGGGAAACACAAGUAACAGGACUGUGGCCGAGAAUGGGGGAUAAUGUGGAUUUGACUUUAUCACGGUCCAUGACAAAUCGAGAAGGAUAUAUUUGUUUUUUUUUUUUUUUUUCUUUUGUGAUUUGUUUAUUUCUUUAUAAUCGGCUCCUUCAUGCAUUAGAAAGCCAGAAUUAUACUUCUGAUUCUUUUGGCGUUUAAUAAAUUGGGGCUUC